AUGUUGGCGAAAGAUGAUAGAGACUAUAUGAUUAAAAAGGAUGAAAAACAAAAAUGCAAGAGGGUUGAACCUCUUACACUGAAACAACAACAAAAUCAGACGAUUGGAAUUUUGAAGAAACAAGCAAUGGAAGAAUGGCAAGAAAUGUAUUGGAACAGUAGUAAGGAUCUGUGGUAUCAUAAUAUCACAGUGGAGUCGAAAUGUACUGAUAAUCUUUCCAAAAUGGUUACGGGAGUGAUCAUGAAGAAAGAUAGUCGAAGGAUCUUGAGUAAUAUUACUCAGUUUCGCACAGGCCAUGGCAACUUUGGCGCAUGGUUUAAAAAGUUUGGAAUUGAAAAGGAUAGUUACAACUGCAAAUGUGGAGAGCUGGAAACAGUUCAUCACAUUUUAGUUGAGUGUCCUUUGCUUGAAGAGGAAAGAAAAGGACUCAAACGGAUAUCUCCAGAGAUGGACAUGUCGACUCUCUUAAACAGUUUAACUGGCUUACAAGAGAUUGUAAGCUUUAUCUCUGCUUGGAGGGAUUAA